AAUUUGACACACUCUCACAGAUUUGCCUCUUUUGUUUAUAAUCUUUCCCUUUUCUCUGUGGCAUGUGAUUAUUCAUUCCCAUGUGAAAAGCUGCUUCAUUUACAUUUUCCCUUUUCUGCAGAUCUAAUUUCAAAGCAAAUCCAAACCGUGGUGCAUUUUAUAGAGGAAAUUGAUCUGGGACAAGCUUGCUUAGUAUUUGAGGAAUUUACAGGGUCUCAACAAGGGGUUUCAUGUUCCAUUUUAGAUUUUAGCUAAAUUUUGUUAAAGUUCUUUCCUUUUGGUGGAAUUUGAAUACCCCAAUGAUAUUUUAAUGCAGAGAAAAAGCAACUUGUUUUGUGAUUUACGGUUUUCUGGCUAUAAAGUUCUUGCUUUGACCAAGAAACAAAUCAUUACCUGUUGAUUUUUGUGUUUCUGUUGUUAAGGUUCUUGAAUUUAUAUGUAUGGAAUGUUGGGUUUAGCGCUGUGCUGUUAACAUUUGAAGAUCAUUUUGAAGGGUUGGGGUUUGUUCUGUUUGGACUUGGAGGGAUUUGUAUGGAUAAGGAUAAGUCUUCGUUGCCUCCAUCGGGGAGAUAUUCGUUGUUUUCGCCUCCUGGUAGUACUUCCAAUGUAAAGUCGGAACAAUCCGGAUUACCACAUUUACCUCCCUUAGGACCUCCGGGAAAUGCUUCAGAAUCAGGUCAUUUUGGUCAUGCUUUGUCGGCGGAUUCAGGCCGAUUUAGUAAUGAUAUAAGCCGAAUGCCUGAUAACCCACCUAGGAAAUUUGGUCAUCGACGUGCCCACUCUGAAAUUCUUACUCUUCCUGAUGAUAUUAGCUUUGAUAGCGAUCUUGGUGUUGUUGGACUAGAUGGACCGUCUUUGUCGGACGAGACCGAGGAGGAUAUCCUCUCAAUGUACCUUGACAUGGAUAAGUUUAAUUCUUCAUCUUUGUCUUCUGAUUUCCAAGUGGGCGAGUCUUCUUCUUCAGCAGCUGCAGCUUCAGGUUCAUCACAAACACCAGCAAUUGCUUCAGGAACAAAUAAAGUUGCUCCUACUGUAAGUGAGAAGCCGAGAGUUAGACAUCAGCAUAGCCAGUCCAUGGAUGGUUCAACUACAAUCAAGACAGAGAUGCUCAUGUCAGGAGUGGAAGAUCCAUCUUCAGCUGAAACUAAAAAAGCAACAUCUGCUGCGAAGCUUGCUGAACUUGCACUAAUUGAUCCGAAACGUGCCAAGCGGAUUUGGGCCAACAGGCAGUCAGCUGCAAGAUCAAAGGAAAGGAAAAUGAGAUAUAUAGCUGAGCUUGAGAGAAAAGUUCAGACUCUGCAAACAGAAGCAACAACUUUGUCCGCUCAGUUGACCCUAUUGCAGAGAGAUACAAAUGGCCUGACUGCUGAAAACAGUGAGCUUAAACUGCGUUUACAAACAAUGGAACAACAGGUGCACUUGCAAGAUGCCUUGAAUGACGCUCUAAAGGAGGAGAUACAGCAUCUGAAAGUGCUAACUGGGCAAGGCAUAGCAAAUGGUGGACCUAUGAUGAACUUUCCAACAUCAUUCGGAGGGAAUCAGCAAUUUUACUCAAACAACCAGGCAAUGCAUACUUUGUUGGCCGCACAACAGCUUCAACAGCUCCAGAUACAUUCUCAUAAGCAACAACACCAGUUUCAGCAACAUCAGCUCCACCAGUUUCAGCAGCAACAGUUGCAGCACCAGCAACAACAGCCUCUUAUGCAGCAGCAGCAGGAACAACUGCAGCAAGCCGGUGAUAUGAUGUCAAGAAGUUCGAUGUCAUCUGCUCAAAAUGACAACACUUCUGAUAUUGCAAAGGAUUGAAAAGCUGGUGGAAGGACAGUAAAGAGUUGGUGUAUGUUUUAAAUCAUCAUGUGUUUUCAUCUAAGCUCAAACGGGUGUGUUUCAAAAUCAUCAUGUGUUUUUAACACAUCUAGCUCAGGUUCUUUCUUUCAGUUAGCUUCUUCACCUGCAUCUUAGUACUUUGUAGGGUCAUUGACUAUUAGUUGAAGUUGUUCAAGUCUCAUUCUAUGGCAUGUCAUUUUGUCAACAGUCAACAUGAUUUCCUUCAUGUUACCAGUAUUCUUAGUGGUAGUGUUUUUGAACAUCAAGCACUUAUCUCUCUCACUGUCAGCAUUCACAUAUUAUGAAUAUUGGGGCAAUGUUUUGAA